AUGGAUUUGAUUUAUGUGCCUGAAGUCUUGAUAGUGGAGUUAUUAGUUUAUAAGUAUGAAGUUGUUUAUAAGGAAAGUGAAAAGUCUGAAUUGCAGUGGAAACAAGUCAACAGUGAUGCGGAGGCAUAUGAAAUGUAUAAUGAUUAUGAAUUUCGGCAUGGAUUUAGUAUUAGGAAAGGGAAAGUUCGAUAUGUUGGUAGUUCAAGUGUUUGGAGAGGCAGAAAUUAUUUAUGUUCAAAUGCUGGUUUGAAGGAUACUUCUUCCAAGGUGCCUAGGAAGUAUUCUAAGUUGGAUUACCGUACAUGUUGUGAAGCUUACAUUGAUUUUGUUAUUGAUGAGAAAGGUGUUUGGACUGCUGUUAAACACAAUAUGGAUCAUAAUCAUGCUAUGAUACCUGUUGAGAAAAGACAUCUCCUUAGGUCUCAAAGGAAAAUUCAAGCUACUGAAAAAGCCAGCAGAUUAGAAGGUGGUGAUUGUAAUGCUUUGAUCAAGUUUUUUGAUGCAAGACAAGCCAAGGAGAGUGACUUUUAUUAUGAGUUUGAGGUUGAUGGAAAUCAUGCCCUUUGUAGUGUAUUUUGGAGGGAUGGAAUAAUGCGAAGGGAUUAUGAAGCUUUUGGUGAUUUGAUGGUGUUCGAUACCACCUAUAGAACUAACAAAUAUGGCAUGAUUUGUGCCCCUUUUGUUGGUAUGAAUCAUCAUUGUAAUAAUGUCAUGUUUGGAAUGGGUUUUGUUCUUGAUGAAAAGACCAGCAGUUUUGUAUGGUUGUUUGAGGCUUUUAUGAGAUCUAUGGGAGGAUGUCGAGAUCCCAUAACCUUAAUGACUGAUCAAGCCCCUUCAAUUGUUGCAGCAAUUCGACAAAUAUUUCCAAGCAUCCGGCACCGUUUGUGCACUUGGCACCUUGGUGAGAAUUCAAAGACCAAUAUAGGAGGACUCAGAAUAUUAAAAGGGUUUCCAGAAGUAUUCGAUAAUUUGCUUAAGUACUGUGAAAGUCCUGCUGAAUUUGAACAUUAUUGGCCAAGAAUGAUGACAAAAUACAAGUGUUCAGAAAAUGAUUGGUUAAAUCACUUGUAUGAUAUCAAAGAGAAAUGGUGUCCUGCUUAUUCAAAAGAUUAUUUUUCGGGUGGAGUUUUGUCAUCCCAAAGGAGUGAAACAACAAAUCAUUCUGUUUCUAAUAGAUUGAAUAAAACAGAUGGUUUGAGUGACUUUUAUAGUACUUUUCUUGAUGUUAUAUCAGAGGAAAUUUAUACUAUUUCUGUGUAUGUUGUUUUUGAGGAUCAAUUUGCUAAAGGAAUUGCAUGUUGUCAAGAGCGGAAGCAUGAAGAUGACGAGACUAUUUGUUAUUAUGUUUGGAGGCCAAAUAAGGACAUUAUUAGGCAUGAAGUUACUUAUGAAAAAUUUACUUUCAAUAUCAAUUGCACAUGUAAGUAUUGGAGUGAAAUGGGGUUGUUAUGUGGACACUCUCUUCGUAUAUAUAAUAUUCAUUGUGUUCAAAAGAUGCCAGAACAGUACAUAGUGAAGAGGUGGACUAAGAAGGCUAUGUGUAGUCAUGUUUCUGAUGAAGAUACAUGUCAAGAUGUUAAAGUUGUUCCUUCUGCUGUUUGGAGAGUUCAAAUGGUUAGGAAGUAUGUUCAGUUAGUGACAUCAUGUCAAGAAGAUCUUUUAGCAAGAACUGAAGUUGAGUAUACUUUUCAAAUGUUACGUGAAAAGGUCGAAAGUGUGCUGGGUCCAAUUGAUAUUGAAGAUGUUGAAGUUGGUGAAGAAGCUAAUGAAGAAGUUGAUGAAGAAGGGUUCAUAAAUAAUCCAAAAAUAACUAGGAAAAAGGGUGAAAGAAACUACAGGCCAAAAAGUACUGUUGAGAAAGCGUUUAAUAAAGCUAAGUGUUGGAAAAAUAAAGUAGAUAAAUAUAAAGAUGAAGCCAGAGCUACUGUCCAAAAAAAAUUGGUUGUUGAGGUUUUAGAUGAUGAUGGAGAUCCUUUGAUUUAUUCACAUCCAACAACACAAGGUUCAAAUCUCUCUGUUCUUCCAAAGAGAAAGAAUGUUCAAAGUAAAAAUAGUAAAUCUUCAACCAAUGCUUCUCAUUCGUCAUCGACAAAUGUUUUUGGUGAUGGUGUUAGAACUGGUUUCCAAUCUUCAAAUGGAAAAGGAUUCAAAAAUACUAACCCUUCAACUAAAUUUACUCAGCAAUCUUCAUCUAAUGUUUUUGAAGGUUAUUCAUCCAACAAUUUUCCAAGACCUAAUUAUUCUCAGCCAUGCUCAUCUAAAGGUUCAAAUACCUUUUCAACAACUAAUGUUCAGUCUUCCUCUGGAAAUUUCUCAAGUGAUUCUCAUCCAACUUUUUCAAAUGUUUUUGGUCAUCAAGCUUCAACUAAUUCUUCUCAGCCAUCCUCAUCAAAAGCUUCAAAUUCUUUUUCAACAUCUAAGCCACCUUUAUCAAAUGUUUUUGCUCAUCAAGCUUCAACUAAUUUUCCAGCGACCGUUUCUCAGUCUUCUUCAAGAAAUGUUUUUGAAGGUCAAUCAUCCGAUAAUAUUCCAGUACCUAAUUCUUCUCAGCCAUCCCCAUCAAAAGCUUCAAAUACAUUUCCAAGAACUAAUGCCCAGCCUUCCUCUGUAUGUGGAUCUCAAGCUAAAAAUACAAAAACUUUCUUAAGAGCUUCUCAGCCACCUCUAUCAAAUGUUAUUGGUCGUCAAUCUUCAACUUACUUUCCAUCAACUGGUUCUCAGUCCUCUACAAGAAAUUAUUUUGAUGCUGGUCGCAAUGCAAAGAAUGAAGGGUCUCGUGGUGUUGGAUCUUCUAAUGUUUCAAAUUAUGAUGAAAUGUUAUCAAUGUUUGACAAGACAAGUAAUUCUUAG